AUGCUGCACGAGGAGGCCAUUGGGGACAGGAAGCUGCCAUCCCUGCAGCUGACCUACGACGAGCUCAGGGAGGAGAACACCAUGCUCAAGAGGCUGAUCAGGAGCAUGCAGAGCUCCUUGGAGAGCCGGAUGUACACGCUGCAGAGCCUGGAGAGGCAGCUGAAGGCCAGUCUGGCCAAAGAGCAGAGGGAAGCCUGGGAGCUACAGUCCUUUGUCCAGCUGACGGAGUGGAGUAUCCAGGAAAUGACCCAGCGGGCUCUGGAGGCAGAAAGCAACGUGGAGAAGCUGAAGCACGAGAUCCUUAUUCUCCAGAGAGAGCUGGAGAGCUCCAAGGCAGAGAACGAAAAUCUCAGAGCAGGCCAAACGAUGGAACUGGGAGCUGUGAAGCACAACAUAGACUUCGCUUUGCAGAACCUCCACGAGAUAAUCACGGGUGCAAACUGGUCCAUCAGACAACUGGCCUCUGGAGCAGAGUCCCUGCAUUUUGUUGCUGAGAUCCUUAAAUCUACCGGCAAAAUUUCUGAAGUUGAAGCAGAAAAAGAGCUAUGA